CAUGUUGAUGUGCCUCCACACUUCCUGUGCACAAGAAAAGGAGCGUGGCAGCACGUUUGUUGGGUGCAGCUGAAGUCAGAUGUAAAGAUGUUGAAAGGGCUAAACCACUUCCUUGAAGUGGGCUAGCCUACUUUUGGCUGAACAUGCCCGCGGUUCCCGUCAAGCUGCUGACAACAGGGGAGGACAAGAAGGACGGUGCCGGCCUCUCAGGUCACAACCAUCCUCGUUGUCAUCCUCAUCAGGAGUGCAGUGAUACCAAAAAGGGCCUAACUCCUUCCAUGAAGAAGUAUCUCCUCCUCUCCGUCAUCUGCAUCCUCAUGUUGUGUCUUAACGUCUGGCUGAGGGCACCCCGAUCCCCGGCGGCUUCCAUCACCGUCCUGCUGUGGUACUGGCCCUUUGGCAUCCCAGAGGACCUCCACGGGGACCUGUGCUGGGACCUCUACCGCAUCCCAGGCUGCAGAGUCGUGGCGAAGAGGUCUUUGUUUUCAGAGGCGGACGUGGUGGUGUUCCACAACCGAGAGCUGAUGACCAGACAGGAGAAACUGCCAAUGGAGCUCCCCAGGCCGCCGGGCCAGAGGUGGGCUUGGCUGUCCCUGGAGUCCCCUGCCAACAAUGGAGACCUGAGGAGGUUUGCGGGUGUCUUCAACCUCACCAUGAGCUACAGGAGGGAUGCAGAUGUUAGCGUACCAUACGGUAAGCUUCUACCACGAGAACCUGAAGAUGUAGUGGAGGACAUCAAACAGAAUAAAACCGAUCUGGUCUGCUGGGUGGUCAGCAACUACAGGAGUUCCCACACAAGAAGCAAAGUGUACCAAGAACUUAGCGCUGUCGUCCCCGUGAAGGUCUACGGAAGCUGGUCGAAAAAUCCCCUUGCGUCUGAAGACCUUCUUCCCACCCUCUCUCGCUGCUACUUCUACUUGGCCUUCGAGAACUCCCUCUCCAAAGAUUACAUCACCGAGAAGCUGUGGAAGAACGCUUACCAAUCCGGGGUGGUUCCGGUCGUCCUGGGACCGCCUGUGAAGAAUUACGAAGCUGUGGCGGCGCCUCACUCUUUCAUCCACGUCGACGAGUUUGCUUCGAUAAAAGAGCUGGGAGAGCAUCUGCAGAAGUUGGCAGGCGACGCCGAGCGCUAUGGCGAGUAUCUGCGAUGGAGGAGCGAGUGGAAGGUGAAGCAGUACGAUGGCUGGCGGCAUCGGGCGUGUCAGAUCUGUACGCAGUACCGCAGCUUCCCUCAGCACAAGGUCUACGCUGACCUGGCAGCCUGGGAUGGCACGGCUGCUACCUGAGCCUGCAAAGUACACAAGAACUCAGGAGGGACCUCUAAAAUCCAACAUUAGCCACCAGGAAGCAUUUGUCCAUCGUGACAAAAGAUGUCCACUGUUGUAGAACUACCAAAUCAUUCUAGUUUUACAUGCAGAAAACAAUGUGAAAACAAUUAGUUUGCCAGAUGAAUGAGCCUUACAGGAUACUGUAGUAUUGUUAUUGUUAUCAACCAAGUACUGUGACGUGUGUUGUUGGAUGUGUUUGAUCCAAGAUGGCUGAAUAAACAUAUUGUCGGUCCACAUCUUUAUCAAUACCACAGGAUUCAAUA